CUGAAGGCGGAAGUUCAAGCAUCAACAAGCCCUCCGUCAGUUUUUUUUUUAGGAGACCCAGACGGACGUGAACGUUGUUGAGAUUUAUUUGUGUGUUUAAACAGAAAACUUUAGCUACCAUGGCUUUGUUUGCGAAAAUAUUCGGGAGCGGUGGGAAAGGAGACAAAGCCCCGAGUCCUCAAGAUGCGAUCCAGAAACUGCGCGAGACGGAAGAUAUGUUGUCGAAGAAGCAGGAUUUUUUGGAAAAGAAGAUUGAGAUGGAAUUGAUAACGGCGAAGAAGAACGGAACGAAAAACAAACGAGCUGCACUCCAGGCCCUGAAGAGGAAGAAGCGUUAUGAAAAGCAGCUGGCUCAGAUCGACGGCACUCUGUCCACCAUCGAGUAUCAACGAGAAGCUUUGGAAAACGCCAACACGAACACAGAAGUACUCAAGAACAUGGGCUUAGCCGCCAAGGCCAUGAAGAACGCUCACCAGAACAUGGAUAUUGACAAAGUGGAUGAGCUCAUGCAGGAUAUCACAGAACAGCAGGAGCUGGCACAGGAGAUCUCGGAUGCUAUUUCAAAACCAGUUGGCUUUGGAGAAGAGUUUGACGAGGAUGAAUUGCUCGCUGAACUGGAAGAGUUGGAACAGGAGGAACUGGACAAUACAUUGCUGGAAAUUGGUGGCACUCAGAACGUCUCACUGCCCAGCGUGCCUGCAACCUCAUUACCUUCCCAACCAGCCAAGAGCAGAAAGGAAGAGGAUGACGAUGAUAUGGAGGAACUGAAGGCUUGGGCAAUGUGAACAAGACCAAACAUCCGGGUUGUCUAAUCACUCACUGUGGUGGACUGAUUUCCAGAGUCGACUUGAACACCUUCAGAGAGUUAACAUUGCAGAACCAAUUGUCUAGGGAAUUGUAGCUUCGAUUAAUGGCUUAGGUACGGAAACAAAAAAAACUGUCCGUGGGGAUUUUAAAGAGGCUAUGAAAGCAAAACAAUCAGACACUUUUUUUUUUUUUUUUUUUUUUUUUUUUUGUGAAAUGAUUCGGCUAAUGUUUGCUUACAGAUAUUUUGAUGUUCCUCUCCUAUUGUUGCUCAUUUUCCCUCUUGAAAUUCUAAUGUAAUCAUACCGAACCCACUUAAAGACAUCUACCUCUAUCUGUUUAUUAAACACUUACAACAAGUGGGAUCCACAAUGUCUGUCUGGGAAAGUAUCCUGAUCACACCAAUCCACACUUAACUUGUGUUUUCAUGGUGAUGACGAUGCUUGUGUAUAUACAAGUGUCACAUUUCUUUUGCAUGUGUGACUUGCGUUUUGAAACCUCUCCACUGACUCUCAUUAUACAGUAAUAGAUUUGGGUCUGAUAUUCUAAGCUUGAUCUGAGUGCUGUUGUUUUAGGAGUAUUAUUUAAACAUCCAGGGCUGUUUUUGAUCUAUAUAUUUUUUUUUGUUCUAAUUCAUUCAUCAUAGAUUCUUAUAUCAGAAAAAUAUAAUGUAGAAAUCCAUGCAAUUUGUUACAGCCCACAUUUUCUUCAUCAACGUCUCAACAAAUUGUUGUAUCUUACCUGCAACUAUCCUGCUGAAAUCUCAAAGCACGUCCGUCUGAUGUAUCACUGUUCGUUUGGGUGAAAGGGUUAUAAAGUUGGAAGCAAACUCUAAAGCUACUUUUUUUUUUUUUUUUUUUUUUUUUUUUUUUUUGGAAAAGAUCCCUAGGAAUACACCAACUUACUUUAUCUUUUGUAAAGAACCUUCGAUAUAACAGCAAGGUGUGUCAUGUGUACAUUUGUAUGUUUGAGAUUAUCCAGAUGAAACCUUUAUUUGAAAGAUCAUUAAACUGUUCGAUUCUU